GGACCAUCCCCGUUCAACUUGCAACAAAGAGGAACCUCAUUCAAAUAAAGGGUUCCCGUGGAAACAAUGGAUCAUUAAUACAAUAUAAGCGAGGUCCCCAACACUCCCAUCUCUUUACUCCCAUUUCCAUCUCCAUCUUUUUCUUUCCUGCAGCCGUGCUGCCUCUUGGCUUUCCUGUCCUUUGUACCAACUAUCUUUGACAUUCUUUAUUGACUUCUGGAAGUCCUCUGAUCCGCCAAAAUGAAGUUUUCGACUUUUCUUGUUCUCCUUCCCAUCAUCUCGCAUGCAUCGGCCGUCGUCGUUUCUCGCCAGAAAGGCGGAAACGGGGGAUCAGGAGGAAAUGCCGGCAAUCCACAGACCUCGCUAACUCUUGAUCCAAAAGUUAUUGCUGCUGGGUUCGCAAACAAUGGUCAAGAUGUUCCGGCCGCUGGCCAAGUGCCCUCCAUCACGUCUACAAAUAACUUUAUCAAUUUCUGCCUUACCGUCCCUAAUCUUCCUAUCACCAAUGGAAAGCAGAUUACGACCGGGUCAUGUAAUCCUGCUCCCAUUGGUGCCAUCCCUUCGGUUGACAAGAUGCCUUCGUCGAAAUUUACGAAUCCAAAGAACGGUGGCACAGUGGCUGCCAACACAGCUUUCACGAUCAGCAUGGCAAUCCAGAAUCUCCAGACGGGUAACUUUGUCAACGCACAGGAAAAUUACUUUUCCGCUCCUCAACAAUUGAAUAACCAAGGGGUCAUUGUUGGCCAUUCACAUGUUGUCGUCGAGCAGCUAACCUCUCUUACACAAACAACGCCUACCGAUCCAAAAAAGUUCGCCUUCUUCAAGGGUCUUAAUGCUGCUGCCCAAGGCGGUGUCUUGACUGCCGACGUUACAAAUGGACUUCCUGCCGGUUCAUAUCGACUUUGCUCGAUCAAUGCCGCAGCCAAUCAUCAACCUGUCAUUGCCCCAGUUGCUCAGCAUGGAUCGUUGGAUGAUUGCGUUUAUUUCACUUCGACGGCAGGUGGUGCCGCCAAAGGAAAUAACAAUGGUGCGGCCACCCCAACGCAAAAGGCUGCUGCUACCGCCACCACUGGCGCCAAGGGUCGCAAGGCCCGUGCAUUCGUACCUUGA